AUUAAUUGAGCGCAUGCGCAGCAUUCGUGCUGACUUAUUUGUUUACUCGCUCAUAUAUUCUCAUGAUAACAGUUUAUCAAAGGGUUGUUUGCAUUUUCUGAUUAUUGUAAAUGCUGACUAGAAACACUGUGAACCUUGAAUUUUAAUUUUCUUCAUUCGAUCAUGAGCCGGUCUCCACUGACUGAUAGAACCAACUACGAUUUCGUCUUAAAGUUUCUCUUAGUAGGAGACGGUGAUGUGGGUAAGGAAGAAAUGCUUGAUAACUUUGAAAAUGGAGCUUCUGAUUUACCUUUUGGGUUCCCAAGCGCAAACGGUACUGGAAAAAUUUAUAAAACUAAAACAAUUUUAUUGGAUGGAAGAAGAGUGAAAUUACAAUUAUGGGAUGCUUCCGGCCAAGGACGCUUUUGUACAAUACUCCGUACAUAUUCACGCGGAGUGCAAGGAAUAAUUUUGGUCUACGAUAUCACCAGCAGAUGGUCAUUUGAUGGCAUAGAUCGAUGGUUGAAGGAAGUUGACCAGCUGGCGCCAGGUGUACCUCGAAUACUCGUCGGAAACCGUCUACAUUUGGCCUUUAGGCGACAAGUUAGCGAGUUGUGUGCAGAAUCUUACGCUCUCAAAAACAACAUGUCAUUUUUUGAAGUUUCAUCUUUAUGUGAUUAUAAUCUGACGGAAUCCUUAGCAGAAUUGGCAAGAUUAUCAAUUAAAAAAAAUGGUAUAGAAUCUAGUUGGAGUCACAAUAAAGUCGUUUCUCUGCAAGAAAUGUGUUGUCGAACCAUUGUUAGCCAUACUACAAUAUAUGGAAUAGAUCAUCUUCCACUACCUUUACCAAUAAAAACACAUUUGAAAUCCUUUUUGAUGGCAAACAAUACACGAUCGAUAAAUAGAAGAAAAGGUUGGACAAACGAUUCAAAAUCUCGAUCUCUUCGUAAACGAAUGCCAUUAAACCCAUCUUACUCACCGGCGACAAACUGUCGAAAAUCGUGUUGUAUUAGUUGA